GUCCGCGACGCGCAUUUGACAAGAGCGGCCGUGUCCGCGCACUAACACUAAGGUUAGUCAAGUAAACCAUGUCUGCGAGCUUCGUGGGGUCUACCAAGAGCUUCCCCUUCUCCUUCGACACGGAUGUUGAGGAGGAGGAGUCUGGGAGAACGACUCCUCAUUUAAAUAAACGUACAGGCAGCGAGAGCCCGACAGCCGCAGUAGGGGCGGAGGCGCCCCGGGAGCUGCCGAACGAACUGUCGGCGCCCUACGAGGUGCCGCAGUUCCCCAUCGAGCAGAUCGAGAAGAAACUUCUCAUACAGAGACAGCUCAAUGUCAAGGCUGCAGAAUGCGGUCAAUCAGUCCGUUCGUUCGGCGGCAGCGAGGCGGGAGCCCUGCUGGAGGAGCGCAGGGACGAGUUCGAGCACGACAUGGUCAUGCCGCACUUCCAGCGCGUCGCCAUCAGCGGGGAGGACACCUCGGGGGUACCCUUGGAAGACUUGCAACAAGCCUCCUCCUAUCUGGUGCAGGCCCUAGAUAUCCGCAAGCGCUACAUGGAGAUGUCCCACCAGAGCUUCUGCACCAUCACCGCGCGGUUCCUGCGCAACAUGGACCCAGACGCGCCCGCCAACCACGCGCCUUACACCAAGGGUCCUAGUGGACAUAUAGCGGAUCACGUGGUCCACCCACCGUUCAGGGACAAAGACCCCUGGGAAUGCCACAUGCCCGAGCCCAAGGACUACACCAUACGGCCCGACCGCGGCGUAUUCAACCUGUACACUAAGGGUGCUGAUGGCCAGGAGACAAGAGUUCCAUACGAGUACAUACCACUGUCGGAGUACAUUCAGGACAUGAAUACUAUGUGCAACAUGAUCGCGGAUGGGCCGCUGAAGUCCUUCUGCUACCGGCGCCUGUCCUACCUGUCGUCCAAGUUCCAGUUGCACGUGCUGCUCAACGAGCUGCGGGAGCUAGCUUCUCAAAAGGCCGUGCCACAUCGCGACUUCUACAACAUCAGAAAAGUGGACACCCACAUCCACGCAGCUUCCUGCAUGAACCAGAAGCAUUUACUCCGCUUCAUCAAGAAGACCCUCAAGAACCACGCAGACGAGGUGGUGACGCUGCACAAGGGCGUGCCCAUGACCCUCAAGGCCGUGUUCCAGUCCAUGAACCUUAGUACUUAUGACUUGACUGUGGAUAUGCUGGACGUGCAUGCAGACCGCAACACGUUCCACCGAUUCGACAAGUUUAAUGCCAAAUACAACCCCAUCGGCGAGUCACGGCUGCGAGAAGUGUUCCUCAAGACAGAUAACCACAUGAACGGCAAAUAUUUCGCUAGGAUUAUAAAGGAAGUAGCCUCAGACUUAGAGGAGAGUAAAUACCAAAAUGCGGAGCUACGUCUAUCCAUUUACGGCAAGAGCCCGGACGAGUGGGCCAAGCUGGCCAACUGGGCCAUCCAGUACGACGUGCACUCGAACAACGUGCGGUGGCUCAUCCAGAUACCUAGGCUUUACGAUAUUUUCAAAUCGAACAAGAUCAUGAACAACUUCCAAGAGCUGCUCACUAAUAUUUUCCUGCCAUUAUACGAAGUCACCAAGGAUCCCAAUAGUAACAUAGAGCUGCACAAAUUCCUUACGCACGUGGUCGGGUUCGACAGCGUGGACGACGAGUCCAAGCCCGAGAACCCGAUCCUGGACCCCGAGGUGCGCGCGCCGGGCGACUGGGACGACGAGGAGAACCCUCCCUACGCCUACUACCUCUACUACAUGUACGCCAACAUCACCGUGCUCAACCACUUCCGCAAGGAGCAAGGGCUGAACACGUUCGUCCUUCGCCCGCAUUGUGGCGAGGCUGGUCCCGUGCAGCAUCUCGUCUGCGGGUUCAUGCUCGCUGAGAACAUCUCCCACGGACUGCUGCUGAGGAAGGUUCCCGUACUGCAGUACUUGUACUACCUGACCCAGAUCGCGAUAGCCAUGUCUCCGCUCAGCAACAACUCCCUGUUCCUGAACUACCACCGCAACCCGCUGCCGGAGUUCCUGGCCAGGGGGCUCGCCAUCACGCUCAGCACUGAUGACCCGCUGCAGUUCCACUUCACCAAGGAACCGCUGAUGGAGGAGUACAGCAUCGCGGCGCAAGUGUGGAAACUGUCUUCCUGCGACAUGUGCGAGCUGGCGCGCAACUCCGUGCUCAUGUCCGGCUUCCCGCACGAGAUGAAGCAGUACUGGCUGGGGCCCAACUACAUGAAGGAGGGCGUGGCCGGCAACGACAUCACGCGCACCAACGUGCCCGACAUCCGCAUCUCCUUCCGCUACGAGGCGCUGCUGGACGAGCUCACCAACAUCUUCAAGGAAGGGAUGUCCACGCGCCAGAUGACCGCUGCGUCUCGCUCGCGGCGAACUGUCACUGAACCGGGCCCUGAAAACCACAUUGGCAAAUAAAUCCCGGCACUCUUUGUAUAGGGGGUUGCCACCUUUUAUUAGAUACGGCUUUUUCCAAAAUUGGGUGUAAGAAAUAUAGUAGGUACACCGCAGGAAAUAAAUUAUGAUCGGCACUUAUGGCUAUAUCGUAACCUUAAAUUUCCUUUUUCAAUAGAUUUUUUCAACUGAGAACCAAGCCAAAAUAUAGUAAUAUCUGGGUGGCAACCCUAUUCCAUACCAAAGGGUCAUACAUAGGUUCAAGUUCUAAAUUCCUCACUUACAAGGCACCUGAUGUCUAGCAGCUAAUAAAAUUAAUUCAAAAUUAUUGCUGCCACGCAUCUUGUAAUACAUACAUUGAGCGUUUUAGAUAAUAUAUAUAUUCACUUUAUGUUAGGCUAAAUACCUACUACGUCUAGAGUCUAUUUUUCGGCAGUUAAAGAGUUAAUUCGUUCGUUCGCCUGUGUAUGACCUCAAAAAAUAUAUAUAAAAAAAAAACGUUGUAAAGAGUUUGAUAUGACUCUUAAUAAUUAAGAUUAAAUCAUGUUUCAUUCUAUGUAGUUGUUAGGUAUUCAUUUUGUAAGUAUCUUUUGUUUACUAUUUGAAAAUCAUGAUAGGCAAUCGUUGCCCCAAAAAAAGUGUAAUGUUAAUGUGAUAAAAAGUUUCCCAUGUGAUAACUAGACGAAUAUAAAUGAAAGUGCCAUUACAUUCCUUGUUGAAGUUUCACGUUUCCUCUAUGGGUGGAUCAGUAGAAUAGGAAUUCUAGCACGAAUGCUUAAAAAAAUAUACGGACAAUUUUAUUUGUGCUAUUAUAUAGGUUUAUGCAUGAAAAUACCUAUCAAAAAGUUAGCAUUUCGCAAUUAAAUAACAUAGUUGCUUUUUUCUUUUAAUUUAUGCUUGUAAUGUGACCCAAUAUUUCGUGCAAGAAUUCUUGUGUCCUUUACCCUGAUCCAUCAUCCCUUUAUCUAAUUACCAAUUAGGUAGGUAGGCGUAGACAAGCGUUUUAUCUAGAGGACUACUUUUUCGAAACCUAUCUCUCUAUUAUUUUUUACUUACUUAUAAGAAGAAAAUCAUUAGGUUUUCCCAUAUUGAACGGCUCCUUUCCACAUUAAUCCAGGGACCGAAUACCGGUAUAUUUUCAUACAAAUUAACCGGUAUUCAAUUGGGGUCUCUUGGUUGUUUAUGUAUAUGUUUGCACUUAGUUUAGCCAUAGAGAAAUAUAUAGUAAGACAAGAGUGCUCACUCCAUACAUCAGUUUUGGUACCAAAAAUAUUAAUAUUUUCAUAGUCGCCAUCUAGUAUCGAGUAGCGGAAUUAUCAGUACCGCUAUUCGAUACUAGAUGUCUCUCGAGUGGCGACCCACGAAAAUUGAAUUGAACAACAAUUUACAACUAAUAUUAGAAGCAGGAGUUGAAAAUAGAGUUCCGGUUAAUCCGUUUAUAAUAUUAGCUGAAAAUUGUCGAGCAUUAGACUUUUCGGUCGCCGCUACAUCUAUUGUCAAGUAGCAGUACCGAUAAUUCCGCUACUCGAUGCUAGAUGUCGACUAUGAAAAUACUAAUAUUUUUGGUACCAAAACUGAUGUAUGGAGUGAGCACUCUUGUCUUACUAUAUAUUUCUCUAUGGUUUAGCUAUUAUGUUCAAUCAUUAUCCUUACCUAAAUACUAUUGUAUAAUAUCAAAGAAAUAAUUUGAAAAUUUUGAGAUAUUUUGAUUUUUAGUUAUACCGGUAGCGGUCCCUGCAUUAAGCCCGUAUAUAAUAAAAGAGAGUUUGUCUUACGAAAUCAAAUUGAAUAAUCCCUAAAUAUUUAAAACUUACGUUAAACGAAGGGUGGUGUUCAAAGUCACAAUCAAUUCCAUGUGUACGUUAAUAGUUAUUUGUUUUACAAGGGGGCAAAGUUGUUGUUUAACCGCUCGUGCUAAUAUUGAUACCCGAGCAAGCGAAAGAUUCCAAAAUUGAACCACGAGCGUAGCGAGUGGUUCGAAAAAUGGAAUCUUGAGCGUUGCGAGGGUUUCAAAGCACGAGGGUUAAACAAAAUUUACCCCCGAGUGAAACACAAAAUUUUUCACCACACCAACCCGAAGCAAAUAUUAAAUGUAAAAUAUCAAACAAAAUCAAAUCCAAAUGAAUGUUAUUAAAUAUUUAUCAUCCAAAAUCAUCAUUUAAAAGUCAAUUCUACCAGCAAAUAUAAGAAAACAACUCAAAAUUUGCAUUUGAUUACUUUGCCUCACAUGUGGAUAAAAUGCAACUUUGCUAUUCGUUUUCGAAGUGCAAAGUAAGCCUUUCCGAGCUGGUGUGGUGAAAAAUAUCUUUAGUCACUUUCAUUUUCUACCAUGGACGAAUAAUAAUAACCACAUAGCGUCACUAUAGUAGACCCAAACCAAACGGACGACUGGGAUUAUAUCUCUAUCUCUCUCACCCCACCUUCAACCAUGCGAGCGUGAAUGAGAAGAUUUACGACCCCGGUCGUCCGUUUGGUUUGGGUGUACUAUAGCACAUACAUUGUUACGGAUAUUGUACUUAGUGGUUUUACUAAUUAAUCUAAUUAUUUAAUACUAAUAUUUAAUAAUUGUUAACCUAUUAUUAAUUUCAUCUCAAGGUGCUCGCUUAACUGACCUCAUAUCAUAACUACAUUACUAUGUAAUCUUACUCACACCAGCUGAUCUCAUCCGAUUUCUGAUGUUGUGUUUUGACUAUUUGCUCCUUCUUUGAAAUUAUUUGAUGUCUGGUAAUUUUUUUACUAUUGAUCAUAUUUAAUUUUGUGGAUAACUUACAAGCAGAAAUUCAAAUAAUUUCAAGUAAUAAAUCACCUUGAUAUAAAUCAGGUUGUGUAAGGUCAGGUAUAAGGGUUAUUGUCUUUUUUAUUGUUCACAUUAUAUACCUACGAAACAACUCAGAAGAAAAUCUGAUCACAAUCGCAAUAUGGAUGUGUCCGAUUUUUUUAGCUAAAAGUACUUACUUUUAGUACAUACUUUAUCAUACACUUUAUGAUAUGAUAUAUUUUAUAGACGCACUAAGUAGUGACAGGAUCUAAAGCCUUUCAUUUGUUGUGGAGCAGUGUGACGAAAUUAUACAUGUGCUAUCUGCAAAUGUAUAAAUACAUCACCCUACUCCUUUUAAGAUGUCAAUACAACGAUUUUUCUCUCCAACUUUGUUAUUGUGAUCAAAUUUUGCAGUAAAAUAUUUUCCGACCUAUUUCGUACCUUGUUACAGUGACUAUCAAUAAAUAAAUAAAAUAAAUCGCUAGAGACCUCAUACUAUUCUCACUGUGACAAGGUACAAAAUAGGUAGGAAAUUAAAUUAAAACUGUACUUUGCAGUUGCGGCGGGGGCUACAAUAAUGUAUUGAGCUUUAUUUGGUUGUGUUAGAGUCGCUUAUUGUUUGUCUGUUCACGUUUGAGUAAAAAUCAAGAAAAAUACCUAUUGAUGGGCAUUUAUAUCAUCAUCGAGUACAUUUUGAAGUUCUUUGAACUUAAAAGAGCGAAAAAUGGACAAUUAGUUAUUUGUACUCAAAUGCCCUUUGAUACAAAAAACACAUUAGUGUUAUUAGUGGUGUUUUAAAUGUACCUAUAUAGCUAUCAUGAAUAUGUUAUAAUUAUGUAAAUGAAAUGAAAAAUUAAAUUUUUGACCUUAGAAGUCGCGCUCGACAAGUAAGACUAAAAAAAUAUAAAAAUAAGUAACGAUUGUUAUUCGUACUUAAUUUAUACCUAUUUUAAAUCAUAUAUAAAUAAGUAGACAUUUUGCAACCAAUUUAAUUUAGAUCAUAUACUCGUAUCUAUUAUACAUACCUAUAUUAUACGAGUAAUAUAAAACCUCGAAACCAAAUGGAAUAUUAAUGUUGGAAAUAAAAAUGUAUCACCAAA